UUUGUCAGGGAAAUCUCGGCCACCUGCUCCCCGCAUGCAAAUGGACCUAAACCCCUGACAGCUGCUCCUUGGGCCUCCAACUCUAAGCCCCGUCUUCCCUCUCUGAGCUUGACCGAGACAUAGGGCAGCCUGAUCCCUCUGGUUCCAGCCUUCACAGCCCCAGCAGGACUCCGUGAGUCAUGGGGGCAAGGAGUGGGCCAAACCCCAGAUGGGAGCGGGGUCGGGGUUGCUCCCCGCUUCCCACCCUUGGUCCACUCAAAGCAGGGACAGGCCCGUCCAUCUUCCUCUCUGGAUCCCCUGUGCCUUUCCCCACCCCCCAGGAUCAGACCCAGGGGCAGCUGGUUGGGGUUUGUUGAGAAGAAGGAUUAUCCAGAUCAGUCCCUUCUAAUCUCAGCUCCUGCCUGCACCCUCCCCAUAUUCACCGUAACCCUCUUACCCCCCUUCCCCACAACUCUGAACUAAGAGUCAAAAUCUUGGGCAUUGACGAUGAGCCACCUCUCACCCUCCUAUUCUGGCUCCUGGACUGGUUGCUAGGCAGGCCCUGACUGCCACGAUCAUCAGCGUUGGUGGGGGCAAGGGCCUGGCGGGGUGGGGGGUGGGGGGGCUAGAGCUGUGGUUGCUUCUGCUCUUCUGCCCCCCUCCCAAACCCCAAACUUUAAUCCUCACAGCUUUGCUCUAAUCCCAUGGGGCCUGAUGCUCUUAUCUCUGCCUACAGGGAGACUGGCCCAGGAAGCACUCCUCAGCCCCUCUUCCCUCCAGGGCUUGUGAGGGGCUGCUCCUCUCUAUAGCCCCACAUCCCUGUUCCCACCUACCCACCGCCCCAGGCUGGGCCCAAGUCUCUCUGGAAGCCGCACACCUCCCUUCCUGCCCUCUCCCCACACCGUUGCCAGCUGAUUUCAUUUGCCUGACGUCGUCGUUGUCGCUGCCCUACCCUUCUCGGCCGGCCCCCCCCCCCCCCCCCCCCCCCCGAGUUGGGGCCAGGCCAGACGAGCUCCUCUGGCAGCAGAGCCGGGGCAGGUGACGGGUUGGCGUCGCAGCUGAGGGAGUGAGGAAGCGCCUGGAAACCUGGGAGAGGUCCAGUCAGAGAUCAAGAGCCGGAGCUACCCCUCAACCUGUCAGCCAUGGGGGAAAUGGAGCAGCUGAGGCAGGAAGCGGAGCAGCUCAAGAAGCAGAUUGCCGAUGCCCGGAAAGCCUGUGCUGACAUUACUCUGGCAGAGCUGGUGUCUGGCCUAGAGGUCGUGGGGAGAGUCCAGAUGCGGACAAGACGGACGUUAAGGGGACACCUGGCCAAGAUCUAUGCCAUGCACUGGGCUACCGACUCCAAGCUGCUCGUAAGUGCCUCGCAAGACGGGAAGCUGAUUGUGUGGGACACCUAUACCACCAAUAAGGUGCAUGCCAUCCCCCUGCGCUCCUCCUGGGUUAUGACCUGUGCCUAUGCCCCGUCAGGGAACUUUGUGGCAUGUGGGGGGCUGGACAACAUGUGCUCCAUCUACAGCCUCAAAUCCCGUGAGGGCAAUGUCAAGGUCAGCCGGGAGCUGUCUGCUCACACAGGUUAUCUGUCUUGCUGCCGCUUCCUGGACGACAACAACAUUGUGACCAGCUCUGGGGACACCACUUGUGCUCUGUGGGACAUUGAGACUGGGCAGCAGAAGACUGUGUUUGUGGGACACACAGGGGACUGCAUGAGUCUGGCCGUCUCUCCUGACUUCAAACUCUUCAUUUCGGGGGCCUGUGACGCCAGCGCCAAGCUCUGGGACGUGCGGGAGGGAACCUGUCGGCAGACAUUCACUGGCCAUGAGUCGGACAUCAACGCCAUCUGCUUCUUCCCCAACGGAGAGGCCAUCUGCACAGGCUCAGACGACGCCUCCUGCCGCCUGUUUGACCUGCGGGCAGAUCAGGAGCUGACUGCCUACUCCCACGAGAGCAUCAUCUGUGGCAUCACAUCCGUGGCCUUCUCCCUCAGCGGCCGCCUGCUCUUCGCAGGCUAUGAUGACUUCAACUGCAACAUCUGGGACUCCAUGAAGGGCGAGCGUGUGGGCGUCCUCUCUGGCCACGACAACAGGGUCAGCUGCCUGGGGGUCACAGCUGACGGGAUGGCUGUGGCCACUGGCUCCUGGGACAGCUUCCUCAAAGUCUGGAACUAAGGAGGCUGGAGGAGGGGAGGUAAAAGGCCACGAAGACACAGCUGCCCCUCCCCUGCCCAAUUUUUUUCUAAGGUUUCUUUAAGUUUUCUCUUCUAUACCCUAGCUGCCAUUCCCACCCAGCUUUGUCCCUUGAGGGCGGUGGGGAAAAAUGGGGAGUCUGUCUUUGGGAGGCAUUAUCAGGGACACGGGGGCAAAGAACUGCCCCAUCUCCUCCCAUGGUCUCCCCUCUCCACGGUCCUGCAGCUUCUCCCUUAAUAAGCAAGGACAACUGACCCCUCCCCAGCCCUUGGCAAGCCUAACAGGCUUCCAGUCUGAGGCCCCAGGCCCUAGAAUUCCUCCCCCCAGAGCGACUACCUUUAUCCAGAUCUGGGUGGCAGAGAGCACUCAGCCCUGUGACUACGGCUCUGGCGCCACUAAGAUCCUGUCCUUUGUCUCCUUCAUGAUCUCUCCCUUUUCUACCUUCUUUAUUUCUCUCCUAAAGCACCUGCAAUAAAGUGUACAGGCCUGGGA